AUGUCGGCUAAAUCGCAAGGCAACAACGAAGCCCACUGUAAACCAACCGGGUACGAUGAAGAAAGUCUAGCAAAAAGACCGGUUCUGCCAUUCACCAGCGGUUGGGAACCUAUAAAGUUCUGGUACCGUCCGAUGGCUGUUCGAAAGACCUCAGUAUUCCUGCUCUUGUUCGACCUCGUUGUUCUGGGAUUGCUGCUAGCCAUCUUGCAUCCUCUUAUUAGCCUGCUGUUGAGGAAUAACGAGCUAUUUGGACCCAGAGAUAUUUUCCCGCCAGGCGAGCGAACUGAAGUGCGCAACUCGACUGGCAGAUUGAUACCUCGGAUUCUACACCAGACCUGCGCCAAUGAGACGAUUCCCGCCAAAUGGGCUGAGGCACACGCGAGCUGUAAAAACGCCUAUGCCGACUUUGAAUACAAGUUAUGGACUCAUGAGCGGUCUCGCGAAUUCAUCGCCGCGAAUUACCCGUGGUUCCUAAAUUACUGGGACAACUACGCCUUUAAUAUUCAGCGUGCUGACGCAAUCCGAUAUUUUGUUCUAUAUCAUUUCGGCGGCAUAUAUCUCGACAUGGACACUAUUUGCAAAGAACCCAUCCCCUUUGAUCACGUUGAAUCCGUGAAUGCGCCUUAUACCGCCGUGGUCCGCGCGACAAUACCGACAGGGGUGACCAACAGUUUCAUGAUUUCCUCCGCAGGCCAUCCGGCGUUUAAAGCGGCGAUUCACAGGCUACCCAUAUUCUACUCCAUUACCCGUUUCUGGGCUGGACUUUUUCCGUACUGGAACGUCAUGAUGGCGACUGGCUCCAUGUACGUCAUAAGUUUAGCCCAGCUAGAAUCCUACAUUGCCGACCUCAGAACUGCUACGUGGCACGGAGCCGACGCUACCAUUUUGCUUUGGCUGGAAGACAAACCGCUAGUUUGGUUCAGCUUGGGAGGUCUAGGAACCAUUUGUGGCCUCUAUGUUAUAAACUGUGCAAUUCUCGUGGUCUGGAUGUACAUCAGGCGGUCGGUUGCACUACCUGGAAACAUCAAAAGACAGGUUAAGCUGGCCUAG